AUACCCGCACAGCCACGGCGCGGUGGAGAGCGUUCGUUAAUUGACGUACAGCUGCUAUCGCUCGCUCUCUACUUCCUGUUCUACCGCUUUAUAUAUUCUUUUCUACCACCUUACAUUUUCUUUUUGGCUAUUGCGCUUGCUGAUCUACAGUGAGCUCAUUAAUGAUCUGAGAAAUACGACAGCAUGCCGCCAGCCGACGAAUUCACGGACUCAGUCCUCAAGGCUGUCUUUUCCAAAAUGCCCGCGAGCCGAUUAACCCGAGACGAAAUUGCCUCGACGGCACGACAAUCCCUCAAAAAGCUGAAACUUCCACCGCCGCCGAAGAGUGCCGCUUAUCAAGAGCUGAAGAAGUUGCCGGGUUUUGACCUGCUCUUCGACGAGCUGUUACCCAGUGAGCUUGAGAUCACUACGCAUCUCAAGUUACUUGCAAUCUGGAGACGGCUCCGCGACAACGUCAAGGCGAAAGAUGGACUUUUUGGCAUCUACAACUCGUUUGUCAAUGCCGAUAUGUCAAAGAUGUUUGAUCGGGCGGAGGAGUCCCGCGGCAGGGUAGACCUAGCAAAACCGCCUGAUAUCAGGUGGAGCGUGUACGUCUCUCGAGCGGUCGAGCGGUACACUCGCUGGUUCAAUUCGUUUCCUAAAUCCGAAUCGCAAGCAAGGCCUGAGCUAUACUUGGAGGGUACUGUUUGUGCAGUUGGGGAAGGGAAUUUGCCACCGAUCGAUGUCUUGAUGGUCUGGAUGGUUCAUAUGCUGCAUCCAAGGUUUUACUGGGAGGACUGUGUUCGGUGUGGUAAGCAGGGUCUGUUUCAGAAUACUGGGGUUCCUUGGGAAGCAAUCGAUGCGGUCAUAAAAGUCACUGGAGAUCCGAAAAAGCCCUAUAUCUACGAACCGUCCGAAGAAUCGAUCCGGACUUUUGAACUUCUUACACGAACGGCCUUCAAGAACGACGACGAGAAGCACCUAGAGAAACCAAUUAUGUGUCCUAGCUGUCGAAAGCCGGAUGUUUCGGUCCCAUUCUACGCAGCUUUUCACCAUGGCUUUGCCGAGGAUGAUUUCACGGCAUAUUGUCCUGCUUGCGGGUCACUUAUCGAUAGAAUUAAUGUGGGCGCUAUGCUGUUUUUGGAUGACUUUGAGCGCUGUCAGACUGAUGGUUUCCCUAUGAGAGGAACACUGCUUGAUUAUCUAGGAGGCACGGCACUGGCUCCUCCUGACUUUGUCAAUGGAUUUCUUGCCAACUCAUUUACUGCGGAUAGACUGAAACCACAGGGUCUCGUUAGUGGAAUGCUUGAUAUCAAAUCCACCAUCCGUGACGAUGCACAAAAGAUGCGGAAACAGUCAAGGAAGAAGCAGCCAUAUGUGAUUGACAAAAGCAGUCUGAUCGCAAUCCGCAAAACUCUGUUCCACUAUUUCUAUAACACCAGUCAGUUUGAUCUUGAACUUGAAGAAGCACUGGCUAAUCAGUCUGGUUUUGUCGACAUGAUGGAGGCAUACGGAUACGUCUCUUCGCCAUAUCGUCCGAUUGUCGUUAAUCGAAGCGUUGAGCGGCUUUUGCGGUUCUUCUGUCUUUUACAGCAAGAGAAGGACAAGCCCUUGGCGCCGCCGAACGACGUCGACCUGGCAUGGCAUACAUUACAGCUAUCUCCCGCAAAGUACAUGGCCGUUUGCUUCGUGCUUGUGGGAACCCACAUCGACCACGACGACAGCGGUGGGAAAGUCAUGAACCAGGAUGCGGAAGUUCGCGGCAACAAGCGAUGGAAAAAACAGUUUCCAAACGACGAUCUGGGAUAUAACGAAUGCACGUGCGUGUUUUGCGAAACAAGUCUGCAGUUCGGAUUCGCAAAGCCGAGUAAGAGUUCCCAAAACGGGUCGUCGAGUAAGUCAGGCAAGGGACUGUUUUCCAGCUCCUCCUCUGGAAAGCGGUCGAUGGCAGAUGGGAUUAACGUCGACUAUGAGUAUCGCCGCGCAUGUGCUGCCGCUGUAGCGAAAGGAAGGAAAGACGUUGUAGAGCUAUCGUCGGUCGAGAACAUGAGCACGCCCGGCAAAGCGAGCGCACCCCAGCACCCGUAUUUUGCUUACCUGCCGCCCGUGAUCGACGGCGAUGCGCCGGCUGAUGCAUUUAAAGGCGCAGUGCACUCCAACCACAUAGACUAUCUUGGUGUACCGCGUUGUUUUACAAUCUACUGAAUGAUUGUUCCACUUGAAUAAAC